AUGCUGACAUCGCGGGCGAAAGAUCUCGUGUACGCGUUCUUCAGUUCGGCGAUCGAGCACUUGAACGCCGACCUGCGGAAUCAAUUUCUCCAGGAGAUCAAUGAGGCGCUCGUGGAAACGACGGACUCGGCUCUCAAGUGCGUCGCCGUCGCCUUCAUCAAUCAAUACAAUCUGCAACUUCCCGGCAGCCAACCCGUUCUCAAUAUUCUCGAAAGAUGUCAGCUUCCUUCUUGCCAUCAGAAUUCAUCGUCUCUUUUUUGCAGACAGAUUCGAGCAGUUCGACGGUGUUCUGCCGUUUCCCAAGUGGCUCAGCUAUUUCCGAACACUCGCGGUGCCGGCCGAUCCGAUCUGUUGCGUUCUCGACGAGGAGACCUUCGCGGUGACCAUCACGGGGCGCGCCGUUUUCAAGAUUCCCCAUCCUGCGAACAGCGGCUUCUCAUGCGAACGCGUUUUUGAGUUCAUCGACGUGUGCGCUCAAAAGGGAGUUAGGCAGAUUCGCUUCACAGUCAACAGUGAGCUGAAUUCCGUUUUCAGCUGUAUGUAAUUCUCAAUUUUCAGACGAAAUCGAAGAGUGCGUAAACGUCCUCAGAAAAUUGACAGUUACCUUCCCUCAAAAUGCUAUCAUCCGACAACAAGAGGACAAUAUUCAAAUUUUGACGACCGGUGGUCUGCUUCCCUAA